AUGGCGUUAUCGUUGCUCGGAGCACGACAGUAUCCCACACAUCCCAUUACGGUGCAGUAUGCCGUGCGAGUUUUGCGAUCUUAUCCACCAGAUGUUCUGCUUCUUUACAUUCCGCAACUUGUGCAGGCUCUGCGACAUGACACGAUGGGCUAUGUGGCUGAGUUGAUUUUAUGGUUGGCUGGACACUCGCAACUCUUAGCACAUCAACUAUUAUGGAAUAUGCAGACCAACAUGUACAGAGAUGAGGAUUCAAAAGAGAAAGACCCUGAUCUCUAUGGACCUUUAGUGGAACUCGUCAGUAAGAUCACGUCGAAUUUGGAAGGGGCUGCAAAAAGAUUUUACGACAGCGAAUUCGAUUUGUUCAAACGUAUCACUGAUAUAUCCGGCAAAAUAAAACCUUUCCCGAAAGGAGAAGCCAGAAAAAAAGCUUGCUUAAGCGCAAUUGCCGAAAUACAGCUCGAGACGGUGACUUAUUUGCCAUCGAAUCCGGAAGCUGUGGUUCUCGAUAUUGAUUACAAAAGCGCAACGCCAAUGCAAAGCGCAGCGAAAGCGCCCUUCUUGACUCGAUUCAAAGUUCGACGUUGCGGUGUGCAGGAAUUAGAACGGAUUGGGAUCGCUGCGCAUCAGCGCCAUCCCCCUCCUGAAGCAGAUAUUCGAUCGCUGGCUCGAUCCGAGGACAGUCGAGUUUGCUGGCAGGCCGCCAUUUUUAAGGUUGGUGACGAUGUGCGGCAAGAUAUGUUAGCUCUGCAGCUGAUGCGUCUGAUGCGGAACAUUUUUGAUGCUGUGGACUUGGACGUUCGCCUAUUUCCAUACAGAGUUGUUGCUACCUCACCGGGGUGUGGAGUGAUUGAAUGUGUUCCAAAUUCAAAAUCACGAGACCAGCUGGGACGGCAGACUGACUUCGGAUUAUAUGAAUAUUUUCUAACGACGUACGGAGAUGAGAAUACCGAAACGCUGCAAGUUGCGAGAAGGAAUUUUAUUCGAAGCAUGGCUGCAUACAGUGUGUUCAGCUUCUUGCUACAGAUCAAGGAUCGCCAUAAUGGCAAUAUAAUGAUUGACAGUGAAGGCCAUAUCGUCCAUAUCGAUUUUGGCUUUAUGUUUGAAAGUAGCCCAGGCGGCAAUCUUGGAUUUGAACCGGACUUCAAACUUUCGCAGGAAAUGGUGGCAAUUAUGGGUGGCAAAAUGGAGGCACCAAGUUUCCGACUGUUUGCAUCAUUAUGUGUUCAAGCAUAUCUGGCUAUUAGACCCUAUUAUAAAGCUUUUAUUGCACUAGUGUCGCUAAUGCUCGACACUCAUUUGCCGUGUUUUCGUGGCAAAACAAUACAGCAAUUCCGGGAUCGUUUUGCUCCGCAAAUGUCGGAUCGCGAUGCAGCAAAGUACAUGAUGAGCAUAAUACGUAAUUGCUUUUUGAAUGUGCGCAGCAAAAUGUAUGACCAAUUGCAGUAUAUUCAGAAUGAGAUACCGUAUUAG